ACGGCCAUCUGCUCUUCGAUCGCUUCCUGCUCCUGCUGGUACACACGGGAUUCUCCAGACCCCGGUGACGCUCCUGUCUACUGCCAAUGAUCGCGCUGGUCUCUUCUGGUAGAGCCUGCAGUUCAGCCUGCAGUAGCCUACACACCGUCGUCAGAGAUGGGUUCUUAGCUUCGCUCUUGGCCCCGAGGUCAUCUGGCCUCCGACACCCUUCCACAUCCUCGUCCUUCCCGGCUCCUCGAUCCCCGCGAUUCACCCCUCGACGGCCCUUUCAUUCCACCUCCCCGUUAAACUCAACCACGACAAAGGUUUCAUAUGGCGUCGCCGCGUCGUCGUCUGGCAAAGGCCGACGUUUUUACCCGAUCAAAAACUCGUACAAUUUUACACCUGAAGAGCAGGAGGCUAUCGGAGUUGUUACCGACACACGGGACCGGCUUAUCCAACGAAGGAGGAGACCGGACAGUGGUGAAGAUGCGUUCUUCGCCAGCAGAGUCGGCCAGAAUGGCACCAACGCUGUCGCAUUCGCCGUCGCAGAUGGUGUAGGCGGCUGGGCGGAGUCCAAGGUCGAUCCCGCGGAUUUCUCGCACGCGCUAUGCGGCUACAUGGCAGAAGCCGCCCUGUCUUGGGACUCGCCCGCAGAAGAGUUACGGCCGGUCAACCUUCUUCAGGCAGGAUACGACGGGGUAGUGGCAGACGACAAAAUCCCGGCCGGUGGGAGCACUGCAUCGGUUGGCGUAGGACUGGAAGACGGACGAGUCGAGCUGGCAAACCUAGGCGACUCCGGCUCUGUUCUUCUCCGACUGGGAGCCGUACACCACUACUCGAUCCCUCAAACGCACGGCUUCAAUACACCCUACCAGCUCAGCAUCAUCCCGCCCCAAAUGCGCACCCAAGCGUCCAUCUUCGGUGGGUCCUUCCUGGAGGACUUCCCGCGAGACGCGGCCGUCACCAACCUCCAGAUGCAACACGGAGACGUUCUCAUCCUCGCAACCGACGGCGUCUUCGAUAACCUCAACAAUCAGGAUAUCCUGAAGCACGUCACGAGUCGCAUGAUCGCCACGGGUGCCUGGACCGUCGACUCGGAUUAUGGGAUCCAGCUCGCGGAAGGUCUCAAACAAUUGACCCAGCCCGAAGGCCUAUCCUCUCUCAUUUUUCCCUCUCAGGCUGGUCCUGAACAGUCGUCUCUGUCCAGGUCCCGCGAACAUUCUCACACCCUCCAAUCCCUCAUUGCCGCAUCAAUCGUUGGCGAAGCCAAACUCGCCAGCAUGGACAGCCGUCGCGACGGGCCCUUCGCCAAGGAAGCCCAGCGCUAUUAUCCGGGCGACUGGUACCGCGGCGGCAAGGUCGACGACAUCAGUGUUGUAGUCGUCGUAGCCGUCGAUGAGGGUUACCCUGCUAAAAUCUAGGAUGGUCUUGAUUGACCGCUUAUAUAAUAAAUGACUUUACAACCAACGCGUUCUUCUACCUACGCAAGCCUAUACACAUACAACUUAAACCUCCCACCGCCUCAUCACAUCGAUAUAUCCAUACCAUCAUACCAUACCAUACCACAUCAUACCCUCUACUGCGUUGUGUUUAUCGCACCUAUCCAUCCCUUCAAGAUUCCAUGGCCUUACCGUUCUGUCCUGCUUUUUUUUUUUGUUUCCUGUACCUACCUACCUAGAUACAUCAUUAGCAUAGAACUAAAUCACAGUUACCCAAUUUCUCG